UGGAGCCAAUGGAAAACCGAUUGAUCUGGACGAGGCUGUUGAUUGGCUGGUUCAAAUGGCGAGGAAAUUUAAACGGUAACGCCAAACCUCCUUUGUUAUUUUGCGCUCUCAAUAGUGUAGUUCAGCUCACGGGAUUUCUAUUACGGGUUGGUUGUGUUUAUAAGAUACGUUUGAGAGGUACGUUAUAAUAUUUUGUAUUUUAAUUGACAUCUCUUUUGUAUCUUAUAAUUUACCCAGCAGAUAAUUUUGAUCAAUAGCUAGCUACCUCGUUAGGUGGCCUAAUGCUACCUAACUAACUUCAAUACACAAUUUCUGAUAUUAAUUUGGUAUUUAUAUAGUUCUCGCGUGCUUGUUAUAAUAACGUAUAUAUUGUCGCUACGCAGUUAAAUGUGUUAUGUUAAUGGUUUGUGAGUGAAUAACGUUAGUUAGCUAACUCAUCUGAACAACUCACAUCAUGCAUCUAAUCUGCUUGUUUAGACUUUAGGUGCUGAGAUGGCGCAGAGCGAAUCGGCUAGUCACUACGAAUUCGAUGCACCGUCACAUGUCAUUGAUUUCCAAACAUUUGAUACGGAGGAUAACGCAGACAUUUGGUUUGGUAAGAUGGUUAGAAACCUAUGUUUGCAUGCUUGUGCACAAUGUUACAGUAUUUUGAAUGUCAUUGAAUUAUACGUUAGGGCAUAAAUGAGCGUUUGGAUCAGGAACGUUUCUUCUCACCACCUCUACAAGCCACAAUAAAAUGAUAUUUUAACUUUAACGGUUGUCCGUGUGGUUGGUCCUUUUGCAGGUAGGAAUGAGACAACAUAUCCAUCCACAGGAAAGUAUAAUUACAUCAACUUUUCAAAGCGCCGGUAGUGAGUUCCGAUUUCUAUCACUUGAAACGUGUGCUCAAGAUAAAUGCAUGCAGGAGACUCAUUCAUACCUAUAGAGCUCGUGCACGUGUUUACAUGGUUCUGCACGUGCUUCAGGUGAUAGAAAUCUGAAUGCACUACCAGCGCUUAGAAAAAUUUAUGCAAUUACACUUUCCGGUGGAAAUAUGGUUUCACAAUCCUACCUGCAAAAGGACUAACUGCAAGGACAUCAGUAAAUUAAGUUAAAACCAUUUUAUCCAACAUUCUGGCUUGUAGAGGUCUUGAGAGGAAACUUUGGCUGACUGGGAAUGCAAUUCAACUAAUGGUCUCAAGGCUAGUAAGAAUGGAGCUUCCCAGGAUGAAUGCAUGUAUUUCAAUGUUUGUCAGCAGGCUCCAAUUGGGGCCUGGCUACAUGCUCUGGAAGUGGCAGCUAACUUGCCAAGUUCUUGAAUUCCCACAAUUCAUUGCUGAAUCGUGUGAUGUUCUGCAGACCAAUGUGCAGGCCAGGAUGAGAGACUGUUUUGCCACCUCGCCACCCCAAACAGAAACAACAUACCAUUUGGUGCGACCCCCAAAGCACACCUGCCCAGGGCGAUUGUAUCUCCCAGGGUGAAAGACAACUCGGACUCGGGUUGGUACUUUGGACAGUUGCGUGAUUAUCUAGGCCAGAUACAUUCACAAGUUUGACUGACCUGUGUGUAAUGUGCUGACUCUUCAUGUUUCCACAAUAGAGGCCCCAAGCACAUCCUCAGUACCCACCACAGCAGAUACCCCGAGCACGUCCUCAGUCACCCCCUCCAACAUUGUCACCUCCUGGGGAAAUAGGCCAGCACCGGUAGCUGCCCUGCCAAAGAAUGGACCACCUGCCCAACCACGCAGGUAUGUUGCUUCUAGAACACUCAGCUAACAUCUUGUUUGAGAGUUCUGUAAGGCUGUACAUUGGUCAAGUUGAGUUUUCACAAGCCCCACAGAUUAUUAUUGCAGCCUUCGUCCUGCUGCAUUCAUGGGUGUUCAGAAUAUUUGGAUUAUUGCAAAAGUUAAAAGGAAAGCUAAAAAGGUUAACUCUAAAGUAAUGUCUCUGUUCCAAAACAAGCAUCUGCAUGUUUAGCUGCAGACCAGUCCAGGAGUAAAUAAAGUUCCUGUUGUAUUUGACCUAACUAGUCAACAUUAGACCAACCAACUGUAUGCUUCCAAGUGGCAAUCCUGUUUCUCCACUGAAGGGUGUCAAAGCGCAAAGAGGCACCCAGCAAUGAGGAAGGACAGCACACCGCCCCUCAAGCCGCACCACCUGUCAAGAAGCCGAGAAGGUCUGUAAACGUAUUCAUUUGCACCAUUCUGCCACCUGUCUAUUCCAUUGUUAUCAUGAGCAGCUGUGUGCCUGGGAUUAUUCAAUCUAGCCCUGGAUGUAAUCCUAGUCAUCAGUCUUACUGUUUACAGCUCAAACCCAACUGCUGUAAGAACCUUUCGCCCGCAUCGAAGGUAAACAACUGGAGGGUCUUCCCCCUCCCAUGGUGAAAAUGUUUUUUGAGGUGGCUAGUUAGGCAUGGUCAAAACUGUUCAUUAUUGGGUUUGAAAUAUGAAAUGAACAUUGGGUGUUGGUCAUUAGUGAAUGUGCCAAUGUAUUACUUUUUCACAUGCAGGUAUAGUUUUGUCACCUUUGCAUGGCAUAUGCUUUUAGUGCAAGGACUUGAUGUUUAAUAAUUAACCUUGACCAAUUGUCUUGUGGAGAAAAGUAACCCAACUGUCUUGGUUUGUGUCCGGUUCUCAGGAGCUCAUCUCUGCCCCCCAAACGCAGUGGUAGUGUCCGUACCAGCGUGCGACUAAACCCCAGAGCAGCCACCCAGGCUCGGCCCGCUGCAGCAGCCCCCAGCACCACACAGUAAGUCAUUCUAUCACUAAUGGAUUUGAAUGGAUUCAGCAAUUAGUCAAGGAGGCAUCAUUACCUGAUAUUGGUGCCGACAAGCCUGUCAGUCCUUUCGUCCAUGGCUACGUUAAGGCAUUUUAGUGGUUACAUUUCCCGAGCCCCAUCCCUCAGUGUUAUAGCCCUAGCAGAAACGCCUUAUUCAACUAAUCAAGUGUUUGCGCUGGGUUAGGACAACCAGUGGUUCUCUAGGACCAGGAUUGUAGAACACUGCCUUUGAAGGUUAAUAUCCCUAGAUUGUGUUAUCAUAGUGUAUGUCCACCCAGGCAUAAGAGCUCUGAGCAUCAGGAGAUGGUACACAUCAAGACACUUCAGAAGGAGGUGGCUGACCAGCGGAAGAGGAACGAGGUCAGCUACAAGGCUGCCUUGGCAGGCAGUGAGUAACCCUCCUUUCUUCCUACAAGUGAAGCGUUGCAAGUCUGUCUGCCUUAAUUAAGAGGGAUUUAAUCUUGUCACUCAGGUCAGCUCCCUAAGAAGCUGGCUCUGGCCACCACCGUACCCAAAGAGUUCAACUUCAGCACAGAUGGGCGCGUCAAGGCGGGCACUGCAUCAACCCACAGGGAGGUGGACUUCACUGCUCAGCUCCGCAAGCACCCGGCCUCCCCCGUAAGUAGCUAGCUUUCUGUUUGGCCACAUCAGCUGCUAUGGUAAUUAAAGGGAUAGUUCACACAACCCAAAGAUAUGAUUUUCCACUUACCUAGGUUGUCAAUUCACCCAAACAUAUUUGGGAUUGUUUGUUUCUCUUUAAUUAAUCUCCUGAAUUAUUUCCUUCUCAGGCCAAGGCGCCGAAGGGUGCCACUGUUCCCAAGCCCUUCAACCUGUCCACUGGCAGCAAGAGGAAGGUGGCGGACCCUGUCCCCUUCAUGCCCAUGGCCCAACAGAUUGAGCUGUUCCAGAAACGCACACCGACCCGCUACCACCUUCGCAGUCGACAGAGCCAGGAGAGGGGUGCGUAUAUUAGCUCCUAAUCCAGCCAGUCUUUGGCAUUGUUGUACAUUACAGACGAUGGAUGGCAGUCUCAUACCCUGGGAUGUGCUCACUGUAUGCGUGGCUGUUAUUCCGGAGUUAAGUACGAUGUGGGGGGUGGCAGCAAAUUAAAAUAUGAUCUCCUCUCUUUCAGGCCCGUCUCCUGUGAAGAGUGAGCAUCUUAAGAUCACCCACCCUCACACCCCUCAGCUGAUGACCCGGCAGAGGAGCCGUCCCACGGCGGUCAAGAGCAGCGCUGAGCUGGAGGCAGAGGAGCUCCAGAAACUUCAACAGUGAGUCUACACUUAUGACUUAUUCACGCUCUAUCCUUCUACCCUCUGCAUAGUAGUUAUUAGACUGUUGGGUUACUUUUACCUGUGUGUACUCUCAAUGAGACUUGAACGAAGGCAAAAAUGUUUGCUGGUGCUCCAGCUCAUCCAUAGUCCAACAACCUUGAGCCUUGUUCAGGAGGACAGAAAGAUAGAAAUACAUUGUGUAGAACACAUAUGAUUGUCAGUUUGAAUAGGGAAUUGUCUCCUCUACUUAUUAAAUUGCUAAUAAAUGAAUCCACCACUGUCCUGUAUAUUCCAGGUUUAAGUUCAAGGCCCUGGAGCUGAACAGGAAGAUCCUGGAGGGGGCGCUGAACCCCAAGAAGCCCACUGUGAAGGAGUCCACUCACCCGGAGGUAUUCCAUAUGCAUAUGGACAAGAGACUUGCGGAGCGUCAGGCCAGCAAGAAGCCGGAGGAGCCCGAGGAGCAGCACACCUUCCACUCCCGCCCACUGCCUGUCAGGAUCCUGGAGGAGGUGGUGGUGAGUGCUACAUGACCAACUCAAUUUUUUUACUGGAUUGUCAUGUAUUUUUACACUGGAUUGGUUGUACAGUUUGUUUCGCGUCUGCUCCUUAAACAAAGGAACUGAUGAAGACGGGCACCAAUGCUAGUAGUUUGAGGCUUUCAGAGUUUUAUCCUCCAGACAUAUCUAUUCAAAGCAGUCUAGCACUGGUAUAAUACUAUGAUGGUAUAUAAGAUGUGAUGGCUCCCUUGUUAAUGGUCUACCCACACCUUUUGGUUUACAGGGUGUCCCGGAGAAGAAGGUGCAGUGUCCCACUGUUCCAGAGUCCCCUGCGUGGGCCCUGAAGAAGGUGCGCAUGGACAGAAAAGUGGAGGAGGUGAAACUCCCGGCCCCGCUCAAGGCCCACGCUGUGCCCCACUUUGGCCUGCCCUUUCUGCCUAAGCUCCAGGACAAGACCCAGGUGGAGGUGUGCCCCUUCUCCUUUGAAGAGAGGGAGCGCGAGAGGAGGGUGCUGAAAGAGAAGAGGCUGGAGGAGCUGAGGCACGAAGAGGUACCCCCAUUAACUGCCUUAAAACUGUUCAGAUUUCUCCUCGUGUAUCAUUUGCCUUACAUUCUAUCGAUUUUGGGUAGACCUGAUGAAUGAUGCCACUAAAUGCAUUACAGGUGCAGUUGCCUGUCAUUAGAUUAGGAGAGAAGUAAUUAAUCCUCUAGUGGCCUAGCACUGUGUGCUUUGUAAGAUUUGUGAUGCAACAUUCGUUUGGGAUGAAGAAUGAUAGCCUUUUGAUGCAAGUUGUAGAGCUAGAAAAUGUCAUCCUAAUGCAGUGUGUUGGUCUGACAAUAUAGCCUAAAUGGCUUCGUCUGUUUCAUUAUUUAAAAUGUUAACCCCUCAGGCGCCAAAGUUCAAGGCCCAACCACUGCCAGACUUCCAUGAGGUGGUCCUGCCAGAGAAGAAGGUGGCUGAGCCCACCAAGCCUGAGCCCUUCAAGCUGCUCCUCGAUGAGCGGGGAGCCGCCAAGAAUGACCGCUGGGAGCAGAUGGUAAGACUUGCUUUAUUGAAUUCCUGCCCUGCUUCAAACUGAAGAUGUGGCAAAGUCCAUGCAGUUGCUUUCAUACUUUGACCAUAUACAGUACAUGGAAUAACUAAUUAUGUUUGAGUCUGGCACCAGAAUAUGUCAGGCAGUCAAUCUUCAUGCAUAUACACACACAAUCAUAUUCCCUGCCCCCAUAAAGUAUUUCUCACAUUUCCUCCAAUUUGUUCUCAGAUGAAGGAGGAACAGAAGCACCAGGCGGAGGCAGCCACCUUCAAAGCUCGACCAAACACGGCCAUUCACAAAGAGCCAUUCAUGCCCAAGAAAGAGAACCGCUCAGUCCUGGGUACGUAUGACCACAACAGCCUCGCUCACCUCUGCUUUCUGCACUGUGGUGGCCAUGAACAACCCUGGUUCUGGAAACCUGUUGGACUUCUUUAUUCAACUCAUAAAAUGUUUCCACCAUUUUUAUCUAAGGGAUUCCAUCAUUUUGUCACCCUGAGCAGUUUUCUUGGAUCAUUACCCAUCUCCAGGGGAAGGAUGUUUGACUCGAGCAUAUUUCUUCCUCCAACUACAAAUGCCAACUGAAUGACUUUCGUUUUUCUUAAGUCUCUAAACGCUGGAUCAGGGUUGCCUACUCCUUUACAUGGGCUUUGUUUGGGAAACGCUGAGCUUGGCUUCCGCACCCCUAACCUUUAUUUGUAUUAUUUUUUGCUUCCCACCUUUCACUUUCCAUUUUUCCUCCUCCUACCUUUGAAAACACCUCACCACCCAAACCCUUUUCACCCCACCCUCUUCCUUUUCUUCCAACCCCUUUUCCUUGGCACUCUUUAGAAGACAUUAAUCAUUCCGUAGUUCCAGAGCUCUUCCAGCUAUCCACAGAGCGCCGCGCCAAGGAGCGGCUGGAGUUUGAGCGGGCGGUUAAUGAAAAGGAGGCGCUGAGAGCUCGCAUGGAGGAGGAGCAGCGGAUGGAGCAGGAGGAGUGCGAGAAGGAGAAAAUGGCCAGGCUACGCCAAGAGCAGGUAACUACGCUGACCUUAGACCAGUCCCCCAAAAAGUUGGUUACGCACUUACAAUACAAUAGCUAAUGGGAAUCCAAACAGAAGAAACAUUUUUUUGCAACGUGGUAGCACUUGGUGUCCAUAUUCCAUUUUAAACCUGAGCUAUUGAAAUCAACCAUUCUCUCUACAUGGUGUGCAGGCUUUUGUUCCAGCACAAACGCAUCUGGGUAGUAUUCCUUUGGCUCAAACUGGGGUGAAAUCCAGGAGGGACCACCUGAACUUGUUCAAGAAACAUUCCUUUUCUGUUACAAAAUGUUGUGUACCCUAAUUAAUACGUCUCUGGUGUUUGUUCCAGCCCAGCACCAACACACCUGAUACAACUAAUGAAUUGCUUAUUCAGGCCUUUGAUAUAGUUGAAGUCGGUGUUAAUGGUUGGUUUGUUGGAACCGAAGCCCUGCUUGGACCUCGGUGUAAACGGGUGCGUGGGUGUUUGAACAGCAUCUUAAUGUCCCCUCUCCGUCCCUCAGGUCCACAAAGCCCAGCCCAUCAGACGCUACAAACAGCUGGAGCUGAAGAAGAGCGACGUCACACUUACUGUGCCCCAGUCUCCCAACUUUUCUGACCGCUUCCGCAUGUGAUGGCUGAUGGAAAGGAUUUAAUUGUGUGUGUAUAUAACCACUCCAUUUAGUUAUUGUAUCUCACUUCUGUAGUCUUCCUUUUAAUUAGUUUGUAGCUAUACAUUAACUGCAGUAUGUGAAUUCUUCCACAGUAGAGUUAUACCUUGGCUAGUAGAAAGGGUCUGAAGCCAUUUUUCAAGUAAUCUGUUCUUGGCGAUACUGUUUCGGAUGAAAAGUACAUAUUUUAAAUGUCUUCAGUUGCAGGUGGGUCUCCAAAAAAAACAGAGUAUUCUAAGAGCUGGUAAAAUCCUAUGUUUUACACUUAGUGAGGAGUUCCCUUGCCAUUUUAGUCGUGUCUCUGCAACGCUGCAAAGUGUAGCUCUACACACAUGCAAGAGGCAUUUCUCCGCUCUGUAAUCUUUCUGGGGAACCACCUGCAACUGAACACUGAGAUCUAUAAGAUACUUUAGUGCUCAAUUCAGAAGUAUUGUAUCAUCGAACAGGUUAGUUGGAAAAUUGCUUCUGACCCCUUCUACUUGCCAAAGUAUAACGCUAUUAUGGAACAAUUCACAAACCUCUGUUUUAAUGUGUAGCUCAGUAACUUCUAAUCCUAAGAAACAUUCUAACUUCUCAUUCCCAUUUUACCUGUACAUUUUUUGCUCGUUUGUUCUGACUUACUGUCUCAUUCAAUAAUGUAUAAUAAAGUUUUUACUUUGAAUGUCUUAA